AUGACCGGCUCCCGCAACAACGCUUUCACAAACAUGAGAAUGGGUGAGAUAAUCCACGAGAAAGUCCAGGAUGGUGUGACUGGCGAAUAUCGGGAUCUAUCAUAUACGCAAUGCAAGAUCGUAGGAAAUGGCUCCUUUGGUGUCGUAUUUCAGACAAAGCUGUCGCCCAGUGGAGAAGAUGCUGCCAUCAAGCGUGUAUUGCAAGACAAGCGGUUUAAGAAUCGCGAACUUCAGAUCAUGCGCAUUGUGAGACACCCAAAUAUCGUUGAGCUCAAGGCCUUUUUCUAUAACAACGGCGAGCGGAAGGAUGAAGUUUACCUGAACCUCGUGCUUGAGUUCGUUCCUGAGACAGUGUAUCGAGCAUCGCGGUACUUCAAUAAGAUGAAGACGGUCAUGCCGAUACUCGAGGUCAAGCUGUACAUCUACCAGCUCUUCCGAUCGUUGGCGUACAUCCACUCCCAGGGUAUCUGCCAUCGCGACAUCAAACCGCAGAACUUGCUGUUAGAUCCUGGCAGUGGAAUUCUUAAGCUCUGUGAUUUUGGCAGUGCGAAGAUCCUUGUCGAGAACGAACCCAAUGUUUCGUAUAUCUGCUCUCGCUACUACCGUGCCCCAGAACUCAUCUUUGGUGCCACAAACUAUACGACAAAGAUCGAUGUGUGGUCGACUGGAUGUGUCAUGGCAGAGUUGAUGCUUGGCCAGCCUCUGUUUCCAGGGGAGUCUGGAAUCGAUCAACUGGUCGAAAUCAUCAAGGUUCUCGGUACACCCACUCGGGAGCAGAUUCGAACCAUGAAUCCGAACUACAUGGAGCACAAGUUCCCACAGAUCAAACCGCAUCCCUUCAACAAGGUCUUCCGCAAAGCGGACACGAAUGCAAUCGAGCUGAUUGCUCAAUUGUUGGAGUACACGCCUACUCAACGUCUCUCGGCCAUUGAUGCAAUGGUGCAUCCAUUCUUUGAUGAGCUGAGAGAUCCAACUGCUAAGCUUCCUGACUCCCGCCACGCCAAUGGAGCUCCGAAGGACUUCCCUCCACUCUUCAACUUCACUCAUCAUGAACUUUCUAUCCGGCCAGAACUGAAUCGACAGCUGAUUCCAGCUCAUAUUCGCCCAAUCCUUGCAUCGCAAGGCCUCGAUAUCGAAUCGCCAAAUUUCAAGCCUAUGUCCAAAGACGACAUGCUCGCAAGAUUGGAUUAA